AAAUCCCAGAAUGCACCUCUGCGUCAAUCCUUUUGCUUCAAGUAAACCCACACGUCGUCUUCGUUUCGUGUGAUUAACCGUCAUCAGCGAGGUAGCGAGGAUUUGGAAUACUUUUCCUAAACAGCCGUCUUGUUUCAUUUUUUAGCAACCUAAUCUCUCUCUUGUUUUUUUCUUUCUUUUUUUUUUUUUUUUUUUGAAGACCGCAGGACGUGGCUUUGUUUUUGUCCUUGAGCUUAAAUAAGAAGAUUUAGGAGACUCGUGGUUAGCUCAAAAGCCACGGUUUUCCCCCUCACUUGCAUAGCUUUUUUUUUUUUUUUUUUUGUAAGUAUUCCACUAAAAUAGAAAGUCAUUUUACUGCGUGACACCAAAAAUAAAUCAGCGCGAGUUUGGAAGCAAGCUUGGAAAUUUGCAACGUCACCAAAGUUUAAAAUUAAAUACUCUGACUCUUUAACACGCAUUAUUUAAAGAUAUAAACGCUGCCCGCGUAAGCUCGAUUGCUUUCCGCUUUUUUUAAAUUCGUUCGCCUCAGUCCGUUUCGACUUGAGUCACGCAUCCUGCUCGACCGGCUCUGCAUCUUUUAAUUUUUAUAACUUCAUUUUUGCGCUCGACAACCUCCCGAGGAUGACAUCCUGUGCGGCUGCCACGCUCCACUCUCUGCGGCCGUAUUGUGUGCUGUUGCUGCUGCUGUUGGUGGCUUUAGCCGCCGUCCAUGCCGAAGCCGAGAAGGCCCAGCAGGAGUCGGAGUCGUCGUCGUCGUCGUCGUCGGCCGGAAAAGAAAGCUUCCGCGGGGUGCUCCAGAGAAGCAGCCAGGAGCUCCACCGGUACGUGGAGUCGCUGAUGGGAAUCGGUGCCGUCCGAUCAGCUGCAGAGGUCCUGGGGACUGUGAUCCGCUUUCUUGCCGAAGGAGUCGCCAGCGGCCUCAAUGUCAUCGCCGUGUACGUCACGGAGAUCCUCAGGGUCACGGGAUUUGACGCUGCCAUCAUGUUUCCGCGCUUCACCCCAGAGGGCGUGACCGCGGUGGCCCAGUGGGGGAUCCUGGCCUUCAUCGGCUAUUGGGUUCUAACCCUCCUCCUGCGUUUGGCUAUCAAGACGCUGCGCCACGUCUUCUGGUUGGUGAAGAUGGCGGUGGUGCUGUGGCUCUUCGCCAUGAUCGUGAGCGACGGCAGCGCCAGCGCCGAUAUCACGGCCGUGCGCCUGGGCGCCCUGGUGCUGGGAUACAUUUUGUUGAGCCUGCUCACCUCCGGCUCAGACCGCAACGGCGCGCUGGAGCAUCGCCUCAAGAGCCUGGAGGGACGAGUUAGGGCAGUGGAAAAGAGAAAAUCCAAAUAACUCAUCAGGAAAUAUUGGACAAAAAGGUGAAAGUGAUCUGAUUGGUUGGUGUGUUCAAAGUAUCACGGGCAAUAAAGUGGAUUUUUAAUCAGGAAUUAUAGAGUAAGUGUAUCUUUUUUCCUCUCCAAACUCCUUACAAUGAGUCACCUUUUUGUGUUCGAUAUCAUAAAUAAAAGGCUAUAAUAUUUAGAUCUUAUGUGGGCCAGACUAGUUUCACAGCAAGUCUUUCGUGGGGAUUUGCAGGUCACUUCCUGUUCAUUUGAGAGCAUUAACGGGUUACUUCCUGUUGAGUUCAAGUCACUUCCUAUUCAUUUAGGGACAUUCUUGAGUCACUUUGUUCUCAGUAACCCAAAAUCAACAGGUAGUGACUCAUAAAUGCCUCAAAAUGCCAACAUUCAACAUGAAAUGACCUGAAAUGCCCCACAAUUAACCUCAUUGCCUGGCAUUGGCCUUUACUGAUGGCCAUAGACGUCCAAAUUGAACGUCUACUAGUAAUAAUAACAUUGUAACUGCUUACAUUUUUGAUUUUUUUUUUUUUGUCUAAGAACUGUUUUUUUUCUCUCAGCACAAACUUAUCUACAGUCAUGUGAAAGAAUUAGGGGACACCCUAUGGAAGCUAGAGGUGUGCAUCGGCACUGCCCUCACGAUUCGAUUCGAUUACAAUUCGGAGGGCCACGAUUCGAUUCGAUUCAAUUCAGAGGGCCACGAUUCGAUUCGGUUCGAUUCGGCAGUGCAUCACGAUGCAUUAAAGCCUGGGAUGCAUUAAAAUGCUAAAGCAAAGCAUAUUUUUCGUGAAUCAUGAGGCAACACAAGCGGUCAGACAUUAAACAACUUUUUAUAGGCUCUUGUGUCAUUCCUGGUUGUAGUCAAAUGAAAAUAGUAAUAUAUAUUAAAAAAAAAAAAAAAAAACAUCACAGCAUUUAAUUAGUGCUUUGAAUGAGACAAGGGCUUUCUUUUUCUUUUUUUUUUUACACACAGUAGCAGCCUUUCAUUUUACACACCGCAUAAGUUUGGUCAAGUUUCCCACCAACCUCAUAGAAGCCAAAAUGUCUCCAUAUGCCUGCUUUCAAUGUCUCUGGUGCGUCAAUAAUCUUUCACGCUCCCUCUUUCUCCGCUUCAGCCAUUGUUGUUAUGUCUUAUCUCUCUGCUUUCUCGAUUGCCACUGCGCAAUUGCGCAUGUCUGUGACGUUACUCCCAUGAGGAAGCAGAUUUGGGUUCCUCGUCCCCCCUGCAUUGCUUGUACAGUAGCUCCCUCUACAGGUAAACAUGAGGAGAAUAAUACAAAUGGGGAAACCAAAUCCAUUGCAUCACCGGAAGAUUUUUGAACGGACUUAUAUAUUUUAAUAUGUGCUGAAUCGAUUCGGCUUGUUGCCCGCAUCGAAUCGCAUCGUCCAUGGCCCGCAUGGGGAUGCAUCGCCGCAUCGAUUAUUGUUGACACCAGUAAUGGAAGCCUGUGUUUUCUGACAUAUUUGGUCAUAUGGAUAUUGAAUAUUUUAACAAUUUUGGGAGAUCCAAGUAAUAGAACUAAACAAAACUGGGGAAAAAAAUGUUAGAUUAAUACAAUUUCUAUUUAAGUUAACACACCCCCACAUUCAAUCCCUUUUAAAAUGGCUAAAAUCACACACAGGCAAGGGCGUAGCAUAGGGAUGGUAGGGACAUGACACUACCAAGUUUUCAGGAUGCCCAAAUUAUCCCCACCAACUUUCAAGCAACCUUAUAUGCAUUAUGUAAUGACUUCAGUUAUAUAGGUCAUUUAGAUUGUCUUCCUAUAUGUUGUAAGGGUAGAAUUGAACCUACCAUUAUUAAGUGAAUUAGAGUACUUUCAUGAUGUUCAGACUUACACUGACCCCUUUUCACUCGCUGAAUGGGCCAGUCCAUUUUUUUCCCCUCAAAUGCACGUUUGAUUGGCUGAUGACUUGACCCCCCCACACAAACACACACGCAUUCACAGCCCGACAGAAACACACCAUGCCGCCUCCCCCGCCCCUUCAAAGAUGAGGGAUAUUAGUUUUUUCCCACUAGCAGCAGCCACUUUAAGUAAUGUAAAAAGACGUCAAUGUUGUGGAGGUGGGGAACACUCCACUAAUUUUGCUACUGCUACAGUGCUUCAAGUCGAUUUUACUCACUUAGGUUUCUUGAAAGAAAAACAGCCAGCUGAAAAUAAGCUUAACAGACUUGUUUUAUUCAAAACGUUUGUAUAUUUAAUCUUAAAAGAAAAACUUGUCAGAAAUGUUCUUAAUUUAAGACUAUUGUUCAAAACAUUAUUUGAAAGAAUUUUUUUUCUUGAUUUAGGUGAAAAAUCACCAACUUUUAGACGUACAGGCUCAAUACGAACAAAUAGUAAUAUUUACUUAAAGCAAGUGGAAGAAUCUGACGCACUAAUCUGUUAACUAGCCUUUAACACUCAAAAAUGAUGGAGAAAAUUAUCUGAAUAUAUUUAAUAAAAAUUAUCAGAUUAAGAUGUUAUAAAUUUUCAAUGUGAAAGUUGGUAUAUGUCAAUACAUUUAUUUUGCAAUAAUCAUUUAGCCUAUGAAUUAAUUUGGUUCAUAUUGGUGAGAAAUGUAGCCAUGACCCCCAUUCACCAAAUAUGUUUGGUCUUAUUAAUGUCCCAUCCUCAGCAAAAAGUGUACAUGCUGUUAUAGCGUCCCUACCAAUAUUAAGACCAAACCUACGCCCUUGCACACAGGGGUAUCACAUCAGGUGCACAUGAUUAGAACAUCACCGAUGUUUAAGGAGGCUUGCCUUAUUUAAACCUCCUGUUCAGUUUGGUGUGCCCCUGACUGUUGAAGUGAGAGAAAACACCAUGGUGAGAUCAAAGGAACUGUCUGAGGCCGUCAGAAAGAAGAUUGUAGACGCUUAUGAGGCUGGUAAGGGAUUUCAAAAGAUCUGAAAAGGAUAUAAAAUCAGCCAUUCUACUGUCCGCAUAAAAGUCUACAAGUGGAGGACAUUCAAAACAACUGCCAACAUGCCCAGGUCUGGCCGUUCAAGCAAGUUCUCCCUGAGAGCAGACCCCAAGGUGCUACAAGAAGUCUCCAAAAACCCUAAAAUGUCAUCACGGGACCUACAGCAGGCUCUUGCUACUGUUGAUGAUGACAGUGCAUGCCUCUACAAUCAGAGACUUCACAAGUUUAACCUUCAGUUAAGAGGUGUGCAAGGGGGAAACCUUUGCUCUCCAAGAAGAACAUGAAGGCCAAAAGUUUGCCAGAGUGAAUGUAGACAAAGACCAGGACUUCUGGAAUAAUGUUUUUUGAACAGAUGAAUCAAUUUUAAAUCAAAUUAUGGCGGAAAACACACACAAGGCUGAAAAAGCAGUUUCUGCUCUUGCACCCCUCUUUAAAAUAAACUGCUGUAUUUGAAGCCAAAAGAACUUGUGUUUGAUAGAACAAUAUGUCUAUAUGCUGCCAUAGCAGAUUCAUGGCGCAUUAAGCCCCCGAACUAUUUUUAAUUUGCCCGUUUUACCCUGGAAACCACCGUUUACAGACAUCGCGCAACCGUUUUUGUUUCAAUCCAGCCAUGAAAACAAGUAAUUAUAUUUAUUAU